CAACCAUUUCUAUGAAUCAAAUGAAUGCAUUUGUAAUAAACCAAUGAAUGUGUGAAACUGACACUCAGUUUGUGGCAAAAUGCUGGACCUAUUCUCGGGACUCAAGCGGAUCAUAAAGAGACGUCAGAUCCAUAUCGAUAACGCAGUCUUUCGUCUCCAUUGGCUCUUGACUUCAAUCGUUUUGAUCGCCUUCUCUGCUGUCAUUACUGCCCGACAAUACGUUGGUCAACCAAUUGAUUGUCUCAUUGAAUCCAAUCAAAUCCCGGAGACAAUGAUUAAUACGUACUGUUGGAUAUCGCAAACAUUUCUAAUACCGUCGGCAUUCAGCAAACGUGUUGGGGUAGAGGUUCCCCAUCCAGGAGUAGACAACUCAAGAAACCUAACACUCAAUGAUCGCAAAUAUUACGCGUAUUACCAAUGGGUCUGUUUUGUGCUCUUCAUCCAAGGCGUACUCUUCUAUGUCCCCUACUAUUUGUGGAAAGUAUGGGAGGGAGGGCUCAUGAAAUCCAUUACAAUGGGAAUGCAAAUCGCUAUACUCGCUGAUGAGGAGAGGGGAUAUAAGAAGAAACUUCUCAUUGAAUACCUGUACCGUCACCUCAAACUUCAUCACUACUAUGCCUUCAAAUACUUCUUUUGCGAGAUUUUGUGUCUUAUUAAUAUCAUCGGACAAAUGUAUUUGACGGACAGGUUCUUCGACGGAGAGUUCAUGUCUUACGGCCUAAAUGUCAUCAGUUAUACUCAAAAAGAAGUCAAACAAAGAGCCGACCCAAUGGUCUAUAUAUUCCCACGAAUGACGAAAUGCACGUUUCAUUUCUAUGGCUCUUCCGGCGACGUCCAGAAAAAGGACGCCUUAUGUCUCCUUCCGCUGUUAGUACAAAAUGUUGUCAACGAAAAGAUUUAUAUAUUCAUAUGGUUUUGGUUUGUGAUCCUAUCGAUCAUCACGUUUUUGGUGAUCAUAUCGCGACUCUUCAUAUUCUUUUCGGUGUCCAUUCGGUCGCGUAUUCUCAAGACUCGGUGUCGGUUCUCAAACUCCAAAUACCUGAACAUUAUUUGCAAAUAUGGAAACAUCGGUGACUUCUUUGUACUGUAUUUGUUGGCCAAAAACAUUGACCCAAUUAUAAUGCAAGACAUUGUCGCAGAAAUCGGCAAACGUCUCGAACGCAACGAAUUCAUCACUCAUUUGGCUAAUGGAGACACCGAUAGAAUUAAUAUGUUAUGACCACAUCACCACAUCACCACAUGACCUGGCUCACACAGACUCACACUCCACCUCUCUCUUUACAAGCUUCAUUUUCUCUCAAAUUGCAUUAAUUAUAUCAAACUUAGUUUAUCACAUCAACUAAUAUUAUAUAACAU